UGUAGCUUCAAGCGACGCUGUUUAUCAAAACAUUUAUUGAACUCAAAUAAUAUUUGUUCUUAUUUUUUAUUUUUAUUGAAACAAUGCUCAAAAACAUGUGUAGAGUUUGUGGCAGAUAUGCUGCAUAUAAAAAAUCAUUAAGAAUAUUUGAAAAUAAAAAUAUGCUUUGGAGCAUUCAAGUUCUAACGGGAUUAAUUUUGGAAAAUACUAAUUGCUUACCGGACCUAAUAUGCAUUUGCUGCCAGACAGAAUUACGCGAGGCAAUCAGAUUUAGCGAAAGAGUAAUAGCAGCGCAACAGCAGCUCCUAUCAGCGUUAACUGAGGAGGAGCUACAGGAUGUGUCCGAGGAGUAUAAAUUGGCUGUAAUGGAAUAUGCUAGCAACAAUAGCCAAAAAUUAAUUAAUAAAAUCAACUCAGAACCGCAGUCAGAUCAUACGGCUAUAACGGAAGAAGAAUCCGAAACUGAUAAAGAGUUGGUAAUAAAACUUCAACCAGAUGAAGGAGAAAUAGUUAUAGAGGAAAAUAGUCAACAUGAAGAUCUUCUGGAAUACGAAAUAAACAUUGAUGAUGAAUUAAUUAGGCAGGCAGGUGAACCGCAGGAUGUCGAUACCUUUGAAACAAUAGACGAUCUAACAAAUGAGCAACAAAAUGAACUUGUUGAUGAAGCCAACGAAAGUUCAAUUACCGAAAAUUAUAUUCUGCCUGAUAAGGAUUCAGAUGAAGAGUGUGCAGUUUUGGACAGGGUAUUAAACGAUGAGAUCGCCGCCCAAAGUGGAGGAAAGAAAAAACGAGGACGUAAACGUCUGGGAAGUCUCAUAUUCGUUUGUGAUGAAUGUGGGAAUCACAUAUCUGGACGCAUGGCCUUUGAACUACAUUGUAGACGACAUCGUGGUGACAAGCAGUUCGAAUGCGACAUCUGUCAGGAUCGUUUUUGCACAAGCUCCGAGCUGAAGCGACACAUGCGCAGGCACACCGGAGAGCGCCCGUUCGCCUGUCAGUAUUGUGGGCGUUGCUUUACAGAUUACAGUACCCGGUUGAAACACGAACGAACACACACAAAUGAACGACCGUAUGUGUGCACAAGCUGUGGGAAGGCAUUUACUACAGCCUACAUUCUUAAGAAUCACAUGCUCAUUCAUUCCGGUGAACGCGCUUUCAGUUGCGAGCUGUGCAAUAAAACCUUCAUACGGCAGACACACCUGGCGACUCAUUGUCGGUCUAGAGCGCACGAGCGCAACCUAGAGCAACAAAGCCAAAAAAUUAAAAUUAAAAGUUAAUUGAUA